AUGUAUUAUGCAAGUGGAAACGGAAGCGACCAAGGCGAAUUUCCGCAAGUGCAAUCCUUGCUUGGGGGAGCUUGUGAUUUGCCACCUUUUGAUGCUCACAACCAGGCCCACGACAAGUCUGACAUGCCGCCCUUGUCCGCCGAGCAUUUGCAGGACACAAAUGGCUCCUUUGCUGCGCAGCAAGCGGACAUUGACGUGGCAAUGCAUGAUGACCUUAUGCACAAUGGUCCCGACCACGCCAAUGUGGAGGUGCAGGAUGACCGCACAGCAGAGAUCGGUCAAAUCAUUCUGGAUUGCCUGCAGCGUGAUGGCCACAGCACUGAGUUCGAGAAGUUGGUCCCGCCUGGAGAAGCUGAACGAGCCACAGCAGCACUGACGUUCACAGCAUUGCUGGCUUUGGCAAGUGCUGGAGACCUGUAUGUGCAACAGACUCAGCCGUUUGGCACAAUCGUGGUGGCUGAGCGGAGCUUUUGCAUUUAG